UGGGGAGGGGGCAGGGGCCCGGCAGAGAGAAACCAUCUGUCUGCCAGAGACCCACCAGCCAGUGGGAACUAAAUGAUUGCUGCCCCUAGUGGCCAUGGGGAAGAAACUGGUGAUGGCCCAGAAGCGGGGAGAGACUCGAGCCCUCUGCCUGGGCGUGGCCAUGGUGGUGUGCGCUGUCAUCACGUACUACAUGCUGGGCACCACGGUGCUACCCCUCUACCAGAGAAGCGUGUGGACUCAGGAAUCCACCUGCCACCUGAUUGAGACCAACAUCAGGGACCAGGAGGAGCUGGAGGGAAAGAAGGUGCCACAGUACCCGUGCCUGUGGGUCAAUGUCUCAGCUGUGGGCAGAUGGGCUGUGCUGUACCACACGGAGGACACUCGUGACCGCAACCGGCAGUGCUCCUACAUCCCCGGCAGCUUGGAUAACUACCAGAUGGCUCGGGCCGAUGUGGAGAAGGUGAGAGCCAGGUUCCACGAACGCCAGGUUUUCUACUGCUUCUCUACAACACGGGAGAAUGGGACGAGUGUUCUGUACCAGCGCCUCUAUGGGCCCCAGGCCCUCCUCUUCUCCCUCUUCUGGCCCACCUUCCUGCUGACUGGCGGCCUCCUGAUUAUCGCCAUGGUGAAACUCAACCGGUCGUUGUCCAUCCUGGCAGCACAGAAGUAGAUGGACCCUCCCAUGC